UGACAGAUCAUUGGGUAGCGGUAAUACACUCUUUCAGUUUGCCAGCCGUCGUUGAACGCAACAAAGAAGAGGAAAACUAGGAAGGGGAAAAACGGAACAGGCAUCGCCGAAGACGACAAAGUUCCCGGAAGUCCUACGAGUCGGAUUUUACAGGACGAGGAAACGUUAUUUGUUUAGUCAUUUUUCCGUCUAACUUGCCUGACAGCCAUACUUUCCCAUCUUGGAUACUUUGUGGUAGUUUUUUAUUAUGCCUUUUUUUGCCUCAAACCCAUUUGACCAAGAUGUGGAGAAGGCUACCAAUGAAACCAACACCACAGAGAACUGGGCGCUCAUUAUGGACAUCUGUGAUAGGAUUGGAACGACACCUAAUGGACCGAAGGAUGGCCUGAGGGCCAUCAUGAGGAGAGUCAACCACAAAGUGCCUCAUGUGGCCAUGCAGGCCCUCAAUUUGCUGGCCGCUUGCGUGUCCAACUGUGGAAAAAUCUUCCACUUGGAAAUCUGCUCACGGGAGUUUACGGGCGAAGUGCGCAGCUUGCUGAGCAAACAGGCGCAUCCGAAGGUGUGCGAGAAGCUGAAGGCGCUGAUGGUGGAGUGGGCCGAUGAAUUCCAGAGGGAUCCUCAGCUCAGCCUGAUUGGUGCCACCAUCAAGUCGCUGAAAGACGAAGGCGUCAGCUUCCCUUCGACGUCCUCACAGGGGUCGAGCGUGAAGGGCAGCAGCUCUCCUGCCGCGAGCAAAGCCACAGAUGAUGACGACGACGACCUGACCAAAGCCAUCGAGCUCUCCUUGCAGGACCAGAAGCAGCAGGCAGAUUCGCGGCCCCCCAUGAUGUCAGGCGAUCCCCCCAGCUACGGCAACAGCGAAGGCGGCGGUCCGGCGCAGGACGCGCGCAAGGUCCGAGCGCUGUACGACUUUGAGGCGGCCGAGGACAACGAGCUCACGUUCAAAGCCGGAGAGCUCAUCCUGGUCUUGGAUGACAGCGAUCCAAACUGGUGGAAAGGGGAGAACCACCUUGGUGUGGGUCUCUUUCCAUCCAAUUUUGUCACCAGCAACCUGAACAGUGAAUCGGAAACAGGGUCUGCUGUGGAGAAAGUGUUGCCGUCAGAGGAGUUGAUUGCCGAACCCAUAAUUGAGCCUGAGUCCAUCUUCAUUGAUGAGGGGAAGAUGGACAGGUCUUUGGCGAUGCUGCGAAACGCCGAUCCCGCAGAUCUGAAUCCAGACCCCGCCGAGCUGAUCCAGCUGGAGGAUGCUUGUGAGCAGAUGAACCCCAUUAUUGACGAGAAACUGGAGGAGCUCGACCGGAAGCACUCGGAGCUGUCGGAGCUCAACGUGAAGGUUCUGGAAGCCCUGGAGCUGUACAAUAAGCUCAUGAAUGAGACGCCAAUGUACCAGGCCUACUCCAAGAUGACCCAGUAUGGAACUGCGGCCCCCGCGAACACCAUGCAGGGCUACGUCAGCCAAGCUGCCGCCACUGCCUACCUGCCCCCCGGGAUGCCUCCACCACCGACCUACAGUUUGCCCGGCGACCAGCAGGGGCCGCUGCAUUCACUGCCCAACAACAACCAAACUGCGCUGCCAACCUAUAUGAGCAGCGGCGUGAGCUCCCAUCACCAGUACAUGAGCCAGGCAGCCGGCGGCGCCGUUUACCCGCAGAUGCCCGUCGACAUGUCGGCCUAUCAUAGCGGCGCCGUGCAGCCCGUGUCCUACCCUGCUUCUGCUGCAGCCCCGCAGCACCACCAGCACCAAGUGCAAGGGGCAUACUACCAGCAGCCCCUCCUCUAAAAGGCAACAAUAGGUUGGACCGGUGUGUGUGUGUCCUGGUCUACCUGAUGACUGCUUCCUGGCGAGGAUGGACAUGCCCGUUUUCUCACUUUUUUUUUUUUUGUUUUUCAAUAUCAAACUUGUCUUUUUAAAUCUUCAACGAGUGUGUACCGUGAAGCCCCUUUCGCGCCACGCCGCCUGCGGGAAAGUUUUUUUUUACCCAAUGGGGGUGUUAAAAGUCGACCUGGGAAUGUAACUCGGUAUUAGAAGCCCCUUUCACACUGCCAAUCAUUCUUUUUGUGAUGCCGUUUUGUGUGAAAUGUAAAAACAAGGGCGAUUGGGGCGUGGGGCUUGAGUUGACUGGUAUGUUUUCAAUAUUUCAACAUGAAGCGGUAUCAGAAGCUCCUUUCAUGCUGCCAGCACUUGGCCAUAUCCCACUUCUGCGUGUAAGGUACCCACAGGGAACGGCAGGGUGUGUUGACCUGCAAAUUUUGGGGCAUCUGACAAAGCCGUGUGGGUAAAAACCGACCGAUUAAUUUUUGGGCUUCUGAUGCAAGUAGUUAGAAGCUCCUUUCAUGCUGCCCAUCAUAGUUGACAGGCCCCACCCAUGUGGCCCCAGUCUAUGUGUAAUGAAGGUACAAAUAGAUUGGUGCGCGGCUUUGACGUCAGAUUUUCUGUUUUCAGAAUCCCCUUUCACACUGCCUGUCAAAGCAGGACAAAAAGCCACCUGUUUCACGGUACCAACAAAAAACUGUAUUGUUGAAGGUAACCGUUUUUGGUGACAGCACGGAAUGGUUGAAGUCAAGCAACAUAUAUUCGUUAUCCGAAGCCCCUUUCCCACUGCCCACCGAUGGGGGUCUUUUUCACUGACUUUCAAGCACCGGUUGAAGUGGACCUGCGAAAUUUCAAGUAUCAAAACCCCCUUGAAACACGGCUGCCUGUCAAAAGCUGGCUUUUUUGCAGCUAGCUGUAAGGUACUGAACCGAAACGGGUGUGCCAUGUUGGAGUCAUCC